AAAUAAUAUCAGAAUCUAUUGCACAGACGCCCAGGUAAGGCCUGAGGUAGCUAUGCUAUGUGCAGCGAUGUACAUCUUCACCGCACGCCUGUAAAGCGUUUACUAUCCGUAUGAAAUUAUCUGAUAUGUGUGGGUAUUUUAGAAUUUAGUUAAUAGAUGAAAACAGUAAACCAUUGUCGUCUGAGAGUAGAUCAAACGGGCUUGCUAGCUGUGCUGUGUGGCUAGCUAAGAUUAGAGAUGGGACCGUAUUAACCGUCUAGCCAGUUAGCUAGUUAGAAGAUAUCAAUGCCAGCUAUUGAAGACCUCACGACAGUAUUUUCGCCAUGGUUUCCAGGGACUGGCGAUAAAUUUCGAGAUCCACACAUUUGUUCGCCACGGCUGUGUGUGUCCGCUUGCCCUCUAACGUAACGCUGUCAGUGCGCCGAUGUCUGCCCGGCGGUGCUCCGGGGUUUUGGGUUUGGGUGGGGGCUCGGUGUCUCCCGGAAUCGAAGUAUCUGGGACUGGAGAACCUACAAGGGAGCUCUUUGAGGCCUGCAGAAACGGCGACUUGGAGCGGGUGAAGAAGCUUGUGACGCUGGAGAAUGUAAACAGCAGAGACACGGCUGGCAGAAAAUCUACACCGUUGCAUUUCGCCGCAGGUUUUGGCCGGAGGGACGUGGUGGACUACCUGCUGCAGAACGGGGCGAACGUGCAUGCCCGGGACGACGGCGGGCUCAUCUCCCUCCACAACGCCUGCUCCUUCGGCCAUGCCGAGGUGGUCAACCUGCUCCUGCGCCACGGGGCCGACGCCAACUCCAGGGACAACUGGAACUAUACACCUCUGCAUGAAGCUGCCAUUAAGGGCAAGAUCGACGUCUGCAUAGUGCUGCUGCAGCAUGGGGCAGAGCCAACAAUUCGGAACACAGACGGCAGGACAGCGCUGGACCUGGCUGAACCCGCCACGAAAGCAGUGCUGACGGGUGAAUACAGAAAAGAUGACCUUCUUGAGAGUGCAAGGAGUGGGAACGAAGAAAAAUUGAUGGCCCUUCUUACACCAUUAAAUGUAAACUGUCAUGCCAGCGAUGGAAGAAAGUCCACCCCGCUGCAUCUGGCUGCCGGGUAUAAUCGUGUGAAGACAGUGCAGCUGCUGUUACAGCAUGGAGCUGACGUGCACGCCAAAGACAAAGGUGACCUGGUGCCCCUUCACAACGCUUGCUCCUAUGGCCAUUACGAAGUGACUGAAUUACUGGUGAAGCAUGGCGCCUGUGUGAAUGCCAUGGACCUCUGGCAGUUUACCCCGCUCCACGAGGCCUCCUCUAAAAACAGGGUGGAGGUGUGCUCUCUGCUGCUCAGCUACGGCGCCGACCCGACAUUCCUGAACUGCCACAACAAGAGCGCCAUCGACCUGGCGCCCACCGCCCAGCUGAAGGAGCGCCUAGCAUACGAGUUCAAAGGCCACGCCCUGCUGCAGGCCGCGCGAGAGGCAGACAUCGCUCGCAUGAAGAAGCACCUCUCCCUGGAGACCAUUAACUUCAAGCAUCCACAGACCCAUGAGACAGCCCUGCACUGUGCGGCCACGUCUCCCUACCCUAAGAGAAAACAAGUGUGUGAACUGUUGCUGAGGAAAGGAGCCAAUGUGAAUGAGAAGACUAAAGACUUCUUGACUCCCCUGCAUCUGGCUUCAGAAAAGUCCCAUAACGACGUCAUAGAAGUGCUAGUGAAGCACGAGGCUAAGGUGAACGCCCUGGAUAACCUGGGACAGACAGCCCUACACCGGGCAGCCCACUGCGGGCACCUCCAGACCUGCCGCCUGCUCCUGAGCUCCGGCUGUGACCCCCUCAUCAUGUCUCUCCAGGGCUUCUCACCUUCUCAGAUGGGCAAUGAGAGCAUACAGGAAAUACUGCAAGAGGGAGCGUUCAUCGGAAACACGGACACAGAUCGGCAGCUGCUGGAAGCCUCGAAAUCCGGAGACUUGGAGGUCGUCAAGAGGCUCUGCACCCUCCAGAACGUGAACUGCAGGGACGUGGAGGGCCGGCAGUCCACGCCCCUCCACUUCGCGGCGGGGUACAACCGCGUGGCGGUGGUGGAGUUUCUGCUGCAGCAUGGGGCCGACGUGCACGCCAAAGACAAAGGUGGCCUCGUCCCCCUGCACAACGCCUGCUCCUACGGUCACUAUGAGGUUGCCGAGCUGCUGGUCAUACAUGGCGCGGUGGUCAACGUCGCAGACCUCUGGAAGUUUACCCCCCUGCACGAAGCCGCGGCCAAAGGGAAAUAUGAGAUCUGCAAACUCCUGCUUCAGCACGGCGCCGACCCGACCAAGAAGAACCGGGACGGGAACACACCGCUGGACCUGGUGAAGGACGGAGACACGGACAUCCAGGACCUCCUGCGAGGGGACGCGGCCCUGCUGGACGCGGCUAAGAAGGGCUGCCUGGCCCGGGUCAAGAAGCUGUGCCGGCCCGACAACGUCAACUGCAGGGACACGCAAGGCCGCCACUCCACUCCGCUGCACCUGGCAGCUGGCUACAACAAUCUGGAGGUUGCCGAGUACCUGUUGCAGCACGGUGCGGAGGUGAACUCGCAGGACAAGGGCGGGCUGAUCCCCCUGCACAACGCCGCCUCAUACGGGCAUGUGGAUGUGGCCGCUUUGCUCAUCAAGUACAACGCAUGCGUGAACGCCACAGAUAAGUGGGCGUUCACCCCGUUGCACGAGGCCGCGCAGAAAGGGAGGACUCAGCUGUGCGCCCUGCUGCUCGCGCACGGGGCAGACCCCACCCUCAGAAACCAGGAGGGCCAGUCGCCGCUGGACCUUGUGACGGCGGACGACGUUCGCGCCCUGCUGACGGCGGCUAUGCCCCCCUCCGCGCUGCCCUCCUGCUACAAGCCCCAGGUCAUCAGCGUCUCCGCCACCUCGGCCGUGGCCCCCUCUGCCCUUUCUGCCAGCCCCACCCCCCUGUCCUCCUCCAGUGGCCUGGACAGCCAGGCAGGGGGCUUCCCGGAGCUGCCCGCCCUCAUUGGUCCUUCAGGGGCCGAGGGACCGGUGGGGACAGACAAGAAGGAAGAUGUUCCAGGUGUUGACCUGAGUAUCAGCCAGUUCCUCCACAACCUGGGCCUGGAACAUCUAUUAGAUAUCUUUGAAAGGGAACAGAUCACACUGGACGUGCUGGUGGAGAUGGGACACAAGGAGCUGAAGGAGAUAGGCAUUAAUGCUUAUGGACAUCGGCACAAGAUCAUCAAAGGGGUGGAGAGACUGAUUGCUGGCCCACAAAGUCUGAAUCCGUAUCUGACUCUGAACACCGCCAACAGCGGAACCAUCCUCAUAGACCUGGCACCUGAUGACAAGGAAUUUCAGUCUGUGGAGGAAGAGAUGCAGAGCACGAUCAGAGAGCACCGAGACGGGGGCCAUGCGGGAGGCGUCUUCAACAGAUACAACAUUGUGAAGAUCCAGAAAGUGUGCAAUAAGAAGCUGUGGGAGAGGUACACACACCGCAGGAAGGAAGUAUCUGAGGAGAAUCACAAUCACUCCAACGAGCGCAUGCUCUUCCAUGGUUCUCCAUUUGUGAAUGCAAUCAUACACAAGGGUUUCGACGAGAGGCACGCGUACAUAGGAGGCAUGUUCGGAGCUGGGAUCUAUUUCGCCGAGAACUCUUCCAAGAGCAAUCAGUACGUCUAUGGAAUCGGAGGUGGCACCGGGUGCCCUCUGCACAAAGACCGGUCUUGCUAUGUUUGCCAAAGGCACCUGCUGUUCUGCCGCGUGACCCUGGGGAAGUCCUUCCUGCAGUUCAGCGCCAUGAAGAUGGCUCACUCCCCCCCGGGUCACCACUCGGUCACUGGCCGGCCCAGUGUCAACGGGCUGGCGCUGGCGGAGUACGUCAUCUACAGAGGGGAGCAGGCCUACCCAGAGUAUUUGAUAACGUAUCAGAUCAUCCGACCUGAAGGGACGGCGGACGGAUAAGUGCGGAGGGGAGGGGCCAAAAGAAGCUGCAAAGCCUAUCCUGUACAGUGGGAGCCACAUCUGUACUUACUGCAUGAGGACAUAUUUAUACAGUGUAUGAAAUGCAUUUUUUUUCUUUGAUAUUUUUCAGGUGUUAUUUUCUCCAGUUUGGCACUUUAUUGAACAGUGUGAUUCCUUAUAUGGAUAUGAAUCUGUGUUUUGUUUUUUUGGUCAUUUGUUUGUGUUGUUUGGCUUGUUGUAAUGUCGGUUAUUGGAAAACUGUUCUGAAUGCACCAUUUUCGAUUUCUGAUGCUGUAAUACAAUAACCAGAGGAACACAAAGCACAGCGGAUAGGUGAAUUAUUUAUUUAAUGAAGCUGUUGUGUGUAUAUAUUUUUUUGUACUAGCAUGCUAAUUUAUUCGCAGUUGUAUUAUGAGAAUACUACUACAUCCUAUUGUUCCAGUGGACAAAGGAACCAUUAUCUUCUGAACCAGCAGAAGAACCAGUCAAAACCAGAGAUGUGUUUUUGUUUUUGUGGCUGAGAUGAGUCUGACUCAGAGUUACGGUACUGCUCUGUGUGCUCGUUGGGUCUCCAUAUCUGCAGUAAUGAAAAUAUUUUCAUCAGAUUUGGAAGGUAGUCGCGACGGAUCCCAGGCGACCCUGGGCAGAGCGUCUUUUCGCUCUGUUUAAGGUUUGCUCAGAAGAUGUUAUCUGCUGUAAUUUGCUUGCCGAACAAGCAGUGUAAAUAUUUCUUUGUCAUAGACUGCAAAGAAUUUCAAAAGAACUGCCUCAAACAUUUUGUUAUUGUUGACCCCUACAAAGGAGACAAAGGAACAAAAAAAAUCAAAUUUCAUGUCGGUCUUAAGUUAUCAAGCUUGGACAUGGAUUUAUUUUAUACAGUACACUCCUUUGAAAGAAUGUCGUCUAAAGUGGAAGGUGAUGUUGCUAAGUUGUGUGUGACUUUCUUUUCUUGAGGAUAAAAAUUCUGUUGGAUGCACUGUUUUACCCAGUUUGUCAUUAGGAUUAACGUGAUCUUGACACUAAUACGGUAUUGUUGCAUAAUGUUUCUGAAGCACUCGUUCUUCGUGCAUGGUAAAUCUGUCACGUUCAGCCUUGUGAUGUCAUAUAUAUGGAACGUAUCUGUUCUGUGCUGCUUCGAUAUCAUGUGACAAAGUCAGGGGGAUUUCCCAUCAGCCCCUUUUGCAGCCAAAUAAACGG